GCCUAUUUUUGUUAGAUGAUCCUAGUAAUUUUUUUCUUCAAUGAAGGAAAUGGUACCCCAAGCAGACAGAAAAUCAAAGAGAAUACUACCGAACUGAGCCAACAUGGACAAAAUUCAGAAACGAAUGUCUAUAACUGGUUCCAGAACCGGCGUGCACGAUCCAAAAGGAAAAUGCAGAAUGCAACCGGCAACAAUACUGAAUCUGAAGCAGAAGCAGAAGUUGAGUCACCAAAGGAGAUGAAGACAAAACCUGAGAUCUUUCAAUCUCAGCAGAAUCCUGUAUCAAGGAACGAAGAUUUGUGCUUCCACAGCCCUGAGAUUAGCUCAGAUCUUCAUUUUGCUGAUUCACAGACCAAAGUGGAGAGCAUGGUUUAUUCAGAUGGCAGUUUGAGAUCCAGGAAUAGGAACCUAGGCCAGCUAUCUUUCUAUGAUGCCAUGCUGCCAAAUCCAGGCGGUCUUGCAGGAAAUGAGCAUCUGGGUGGGAAGAUGGAGGUACCAGGAGCCUAAGGUCUGUAUCAUUCUGCGGAAGACUUCGGCAUGAGUGGAUGAUGCUGAUCGGUGCCAUGGAUCUGCCCCCCCCUCUCUUUUCUUCCAUAUAGCAUAACUUGCCUGCCAUGCUAAUGCUGAUGCUGAUGUUUAGCUUUUGCCGCUUGCGGCGUCAUAGCUUGGUCGGAGCCUAAUCUUACAGAGUUGGAUAUUCGGUUUGCUUUUUGUGAAGGAACUGAUUUUACUGAGGAUCAUACACUAGUUUGACUAGUUUGUUUGGAUUUUUGAUGGACUAGUGUCGCACAAAUUUGUUUACGGGAGCGGGAUGAGCGCUGUAUAUUCUAUUCAAAUCACUCUGGCUCUUGCAAUUUCAGAAUGCGGGCAUUUAGAUAGACCGUGGAGUUAGGCCCAUUUUUUCCUUCUGUCGUAGUGGCUUACCUACUGUUGGAGAAGAAUCUGGGAAACUUUGUGUUUGAUCUAGUUAUGUA